AAGCAGACGGCUUUUUGUUGUGUUAAUGGUUGUGAUGCGUAACAAUCUUUUACUCCUUAGCUGUAUUACCGUAUAAUUUAUUUUAUAGGUGUAACAAAUAAUGAUACUGAAAUGGAAUUAAUUCAGGAUCCUCAUAUUGGUGUAUUAACCCCUUCUGAAACAAUUGAUUAUAAAUUAAUCCGGGGCAGUUAUUUGUAUUAUCAUUACUUUUGUGAUGGUAUUAAUGACUCGGGUUGGGGAUGUGGUUACCGGACAUUGCAGACAAUAUGCUCAUGGAUAACGAAGCAACAAAAUGACACUAAUCUGUAUACCUCGGUUCUAGCUAAAGUUCCUUCCAUUGCAGAAAUUCAAAAAGUUUUAGUUGAAAUUGGUGAUAAAGCUGCAGACUUCCAAGGUUCGCAUCAGUGGAUUGGGAGUGUUGAAGUUUCAUACUGCUUAGAAUACCUCUAUAAGGUUGAAUCCAGAAUUAUUCAUGCUAGAAGUACUGAAGAUCUUAAAAAACAAUUUAAAAGUAUUUUUGAUCAUUUUCAAGAAUAUGGAAGUCCAAUUAUGAUGGGUGGAGAUAAAGAUUGCUCUUCUAAAGGAAUUCUUGGUAUUAGCAAAACAAAGGAUGAUAUAUGCUUAUUAAUUUUGGAUCCUCAUUUUUACGGUCAUAAAAUAUCUAAAGAAAGGAUUCAAAGUGAUGGUUGGAUCAAGUGGCAAAAUAUUGGUUCUUUGCAUCAUAGUUCAUUUUAUAAUUUAUGCUGUCCAUUAAUUAAAGCAAAGUUUUAACAAAAAUAAAAUUUUUGUUUAAGACAUUCAAAAA